AUGGCCAUGGGGAGAAAGAGAAGCGUGGGAAGAAACCAAUUUAGUCCUGAAAAAUUUAGUCAGGAAAAUGUUACAGUAAUAUGCUUGUAUUCGGGAAAGUAUUACAUAAAGGAGAUCAAUUACAGUGACUGGACAAUCCGAGUUGUUGAUGCUGGUGUUCAGAAGAAAGACAACUACUUCUCCAACCCACGUUACUCUUUAACCUCCUUCAACCUUAGUGAUGGAGAUCCUUUCGCCCAUUAUCUGUGGUACACUAUUACUGAACGUGGAGUGCAUAGUCUAGCAAUACGUGAAGUGCCUAUAAUUUUUAUCAGCUGUGCAAAUCCAAUGCAUUCUCCUCGCCUUGUUGAUACAGCUCCAUGCAUCAACAAUUCUGCCAAUUCUUCUUUGUCCAGUACUUUAAAAAUGUUUUCUUAUGUCAUGAUUGGCAACAUAAGUUCAUUCGAUUUGGGGGAGUCCUGCAGAAUAACACAAAUGGUUGUGGUGUCACCAACAUCUACAGAUCUUCACCGGAACUUGUCCUGUGAAGGUAUAUAUAAUGAAAUAGAGCACGGCUUUGAGCUCUCAUGGUUUAACGCUGCAUGUUACUUAAAAUGUGGAAGGCAAGAGGAGAACUGCAAGCUCGACAACGUGAGUAAAACCAAGUGCCCUUCAAUAAUAACCAAAGGUACAGUGCAUCUGUUAAUGAUUUCACUUAUUCAAUAA